AUGAAAGUUGGAUUUCCAAAUAGAGAAUAUCAAACUGUAGAUUUGGUGUUUCCAAACAUCAUUGCUGCAAAUAAAAACAAUAACAAUGAUUAUUUAGUUGGUUCCGAAGCUUUAGAAAAACGAUUUGACUACAGUGUUUCGGCUCCUUUUGAAUUGGGAAAAUUAAAAAAUAAAGACUGUCUUUCGAAGGUUUAUGAUUACAUUUUCAAAACCCAAUGCAAGGGUGACAGUCAUACCCACGACAUUUUCAUGACUGAAGAUUUCAUUGAUUCUAAUUCAACUCGAGCAGAAAUGGCCCAAAUAAUGUUUGAAAAUUUUGAAGUUCCAAAUCUUCACUAUGAAACGCCCAGUUCAGCUUCAGUAUAUUCAGUAUGUAGAGUUAACGGUUUGGUUGUUGAUAUUGGUGAUGUGUUUACAAGAGUACUUCCCAUUUAUUAUGAAAAACCUGACUAUAAUCACAGUUAUAAAACUCUUUUUGGUGGAGCUGAUGUAUUCAAUGUAUUUAAAUCACUAAUACAACGUAAUAACUAUUUCAAUCUUGAUUUUGGCACCAUUUAUGAUAUUAUAAAAAAGAUGUGUUACGUUACUCAAGAUGUCAACAAAGAACUUGAAAAAGAAGAUAAAAGUUUUUUGAAACAAUAUGAAUUGCCUGAUAAAUCCAAAUUGAAUUUGGCAAAAGAAACAUUCUUGGCUACAAAUGUUAUGUUCCAACCUGAAAACUUUGUGGAUAUUACUGGAAAACAUCAACAGGAUGGUAUCCCAAAAAUAAAAGUAGAUACUAUUAAACAUUGCCCUAUCGAUACGAGAGAGGAUCUUUAUGACAAUAUUAUAAUAACUGGUGGUAAUACAAUGUAUGAUGUUGCUUUAAGUAACAGAAUUUAUGGUGCUUUUCAUGGUUGUGCUACUUUAGCAGAUUUAUCAACAACCACUUACAUUUCUAAAAGAGAAUACGAAGAAAAGGGAAGUGCUAUCUAUGAAAGCAAACACUAA